AUGCGCUCCCGCUGUGCCAGCCUGCUGGGCUGCCUGCUGCUGCUGCAGGCGGCGCUGGCCGCGCCAGGCCGCGGCACGCUCAAGGGCACCCCCGGCGACAAGUACCACAAGACCUGGGCCAACUACUUCAUCCGAUUUCUGGACGAAUACGCCAAGCACAAYGUGACCUUCUGGGCAGUGACGGCGGGCAACGAGCCCACGGCUGGCGAGAUCGUCUUCUACCCCUUCCAGUGCCUGGGCUUCUCGCCCGAGCACCAGCGGGACUUCAUCGCCCGCGACCUGGGCCCCGCGCUGGCCAACAGCUCCCACCGCGGCGUCCGCCUCAUCAUCCUGGACGACCAGCGCGUCAUGCUGCCCUACUGGGCGCAGGUGGUGCUCCGCGACCCYGUGGCUGCCGGCUACGUGAGCGGCAUCGGCAUCCACUGGUACCUGGACUUCCUGGCCCCCAUCGACCUCACGCUCUCCAUCACCCACCACCUCUUCCCCGGCUACUUCUUGCUGUCCACCGAGGCCUCCGCGGGCUCCUACUUCUGGGAGCCGCGCGUGGUGCUGGGCGGCUGGGAGCGCGGCAGCAAGUACAGCCACAGCAUCCUCACGAACCUCAACAACUACGUGACCGGCUGGACCGACUGGAACCUGGCGCUGGACCUGGAGGGCGGCCCCAACUGGAGCAAGAACUACGUGGACAGCCCCGUCAUCGUGGACCGCCACAAGGACGUCUUCUACAAGCAGCCCAUGUUCUACCACCUGGGGCACUUCAGCAAGUUCAUCCCCGAGGGCUCGCAGCGCGUGGGGCUGAGCGUCACCAAGCGGUGCCACGGCUGCAACCUGGAGCACGCCGCCUUCCUGCGCCCCGACGGCGCCGUGGUCCUUGUGGUCCUCAACAGGUCCCCCACCGAGGUGCCCUUCGGCAUCUCUGACCCCCACGCCGGCUUCAUUGAGGCGCUGGCGCCGGGAGACUCCAUUCAGACCUACCUGUGGAAGCAGCAGGUCUAG